AUGCCUGAGGAUUUUAAAUUUAGAAGUAUUUCGCUUAAAAACCAGGCUGUCAAGAAAGGUGUGGUGAAGAAGAAGCCUGCAGCUAUUUUCAAAGCUCUAGGUGUAGGAACAAGCUUGCGACUAAAUGGCGAUAAAUUAACGCAGGAGCAUGAACAUUUUGGUUUAGAUAAUCAGCGUAAGGAUAAUGAAGGAAAGGUAUUGUCAGAGGAGAAUGCGGUGCAGAAGCAACUGAAUGUGAAGACAGAUGAAGAUGAACAGAUAAAAAAGUCGCCAAAAGGAAUAGUAAAACGGGAUGAGGACGGAGUGAAGCAUUGUGCUAGAGUGCAGGAUGUGGAUCCUCUGGAUGCAUAUAUGGCUGGUUUGGUGGACGAAACAGCACGUUUAGACCCCGCACCUAAUGUGAUUUCGCAGUCUGAAAUUGAAGAUCAGAGCAAAAUCAAUAUUUACGGCACUUUCUUGCCGCCAAAUGCUGUAGAGCAAACGGGUGUGUCCAAAACUCCGUCGUCUUUAGAGCCUGUUUUCACAGGAAGUAUUGUGAGUGAAACACCUGAAGAGCGCGAAGCCCGUGAGGAACGAGAACUCAAGGAAUUUAUGCGGGCGCUACAUGAAAAGCGAGAGUACGAAGAAAAGCACAAAUUUGAAGCGACUCGUGUAGAAUCUAUGGGAAAUGAUACUACUGGGCGAUUAUAUCAGGGCUUAGAAGAAGAUAUUAUCGGUGAAGACUCCCAGCUCGUGGAUCAGCGUUCGGCUCUCGAAAUCUUACAGGACCAACAAAAAAAGAGGGAGAUCAAUCCUGUUGAUCAUUCCAGGAUAAAUUACCUGCCACUUCAAAAAUUUUUUUAUGUAGUUCCAAAAGAAAUCAAGGAUCAAUCGGAAGAAGAGGUGGAAAUACAGCGAAAUGAGUGUGAAAUCAAAGUGCGAGGAAAGAAGUGCCCACGUCCACUGCAAAAGUGGAAUCAAUGUGGUUUUAGUGUGCGAAUGCUCCAGCUGAUUAAAAAACACGGCUAUAAAGAACCAUUUGCAAUUCAAAAACAGGCGCUGCCUGCAAUCAUGUCAGGACGUGAUGUCAUUGGCAUUGCAAAAACAGGUUCUGGCAAGACUUUGGCAUUCUUGCUUCCCAUGUUUCGGCAUAUACUUGCUCAACCCCCCCUACAAGAAAGCGAAGGUCCUAUUGGAAUCGUUAUGGCGCCUGCACGAGAGCUGGCUCAACAAAUUUAUGUCGAAACUCGGAAGUUUGCGAAAGGCCUUGGCUUGCAUGCUACCGCAGUUUAUGGCGGAUCUUCAGUCUCAGAGCAAAUUGCAAAACUGAAGCGUGGCUCAGACAUUGUCAUUUGUACACCAGGUCGAAUGAUCGAUAUCCUUUGCAUGAGUGCUGGAAAGAUGUUGUCGCUACAACGUUUGUCGUACGUUGUGCUUGAUGAAGCUGACCGCAUGUUUGACAUGGGAUUUGAACCGCAAAUUACGAAGAUUAUGAUGAAUGUUCGGCCAGACCGACAAACUCUGCUGUUUUCGGCAACGUUUCCUCGAUCAGUGGAACUUAUGGCGCGAAAAGUACUGAAGAAACCUGUGGAAAUAACUGUUGGUACUCGAAGCACGGCAUCCGGUGAUAUCACCCAGUACAUUGAAGUCCGUGAAGAAGAUGAUAAGUUCAUGCGUUUGUUGCAGCUCUUGGGUUUAUGGUAUGAAAAGGGAAACAUUCUCAUUUUUGUGAACAAACAACAAGCAUGCGACCAGAUCUUCCAGGACUUGAUGAAAGCUGGAUAUCCUGCGCUCUCGCUGCAUGGCGGAAAAGAUCAGGUGGAUCGGGACUACACGAUUGAUGAUUUUAAAAGGAAGGUGCGAACUGUGAUGGUGGCAACUUCUGUCGCUGGUCGAGGUCUCGACGUGAAGGAUUUAGUUCUUGUCGUCAAUUAUCACUGUCCCAAUCACAUGGAAGAUUAUGUCCAUCGCGUUGGAAGAACUGGUCGAGCUGGGAGAAAAGGCACCGCCUACACUUUUAUUUCUCCAGAUGAGGAGGCGUACUCCGUGGAUCUUGUCAAAGUCUUGGAAAACGCUAGACAGACUGUUCCGCACGAGUUAAAGGCACUUGCAGAAGGAUUUACAGCAAAGGUCAAGCGUGGCGAGGCGAGGUAUCAUGGCAGUGGUUUUAAAGGUAAGGGCUUCACGUUCGACGACACGGAACGAAAUGAGACCCAACGUACUGCGGAUCUUCAAAGACGUCAAUAUGAACUAGACCAAGGCAUCCUAGUUGAGGAGUCUGGUGCAAUCGAAGAUGAUGAUGUGGAAGAACCUGCCAAGGAGACCAUUACCAGCUCAUCUGACAAAUUGAUGGCGCCUGCUGUUCAAAAGGCCAUACCUAUCGACAGUGAAGCUAUGUCAGCUUUUAUCAAGGCGCAAAAAAUCAUUCAAAAUUUGGAUCUGAAAUACAAAAGCCAAGGUUUAGGAGACAAUCACUUUGUCGACGAGCUUGAAAUAAACGACUAUCCCCAGCAUGCGCGGUGGAGGGUCACUCAGAAAGAGGCAAGUGACUCAAUUGAAGAACUUACUGGUGCUGCUGUUAUUACGCGAGGGUCAUUUAUUCCUGCUGGUCGAAAACCUAAUCCAUCGGAACGUAAACUUUACUUGGCAAUAGAGGGACCGACUCAAUCGUCGGUUGUGGAGGCUCGGCGCGAGCUGCAAAGACUGUUGGACGAAACGACGAUGCAGGUUGGUUUAGGCGGCGACAAAUACGGAAAGUACAGUCUGUAA